AUGGAGGGUGCACCAGCCGCGAGUAGGGGAAACACGCCCUCGUUCGCCAUCGAGGAGAAUGCCGAAUACGUGGACCUGUCCCACAAGCCCCAUUCCCGCUUGGGGGAGGGAUACACCAUACCGCCCACAACCAAGGAGUUGGAUUUGACCCACUGCCGCCUCCAACGCCUUGAGAACCUCGACAACCUGCCCGCUCUGGAGAAAUUGGUGGUGCGCAACAACCAGCUGCACAAGAUCGAGAACCUCGAGGCCCUCACCAGCCUGCGCGAGCUGGACCUCUACGACAACCAAAUCACCGCUCUCGAGAACCUCUCCCUUCCUUCCCUCACGUACCUGGACAUCUCCUUCAACGUCUUCCGGCGCAUCCAGAAUUUGACGCACGAGGGUCUGCCGCACCUCACCGAGCUCUAUCUCAUCGCUGCUAAGAUCUCCAAGAUCGAAGGCAACUUCUGCCAUGAUCUGCUCUGCGGCCUGGAUACCCUCACCACUCUCACCACCCUGGAGCUCGGGUCCAACAGAAUCCGGACCAUCGAGGGGCUGGAUAGGCUCGUGAACCUGGAGAACCUGUGGCUGGGCAAGAACAAGAUCACACGCAUUCAGGGACUGGACCAGCUUACCAACCUCAGAAAACUUAGCAUCCAGUCAAACAGGCUGACUGAGAUCACGGGACUGGAUAACUUGCGACUGCUUGAAGAGCUCUACCUUUCUCACAACGGCAUCGACCGAAUAGCCGGCCUCGAUAACUUGGUGUCCCUCAAGACGCUCGACCUGUCGGCCAACCGAAUCGCGCACCUCGAGAAUCUUGAGCACCUCACGUCUCUCGAGGAGCUCUGGACGGUGUACCUCCACGGCAACCCCGUGGCCAAACACCCCCAGUACCAGGAGCAGGUGGUGGCUGCACUGCCCUCGCUGGCUCAACUCGACUCCGCCACGCUGCCUCACUGA